AUGGACAGAGAGCAAGAAGACAUGCAGUUUCUCGGUCCCUUUGGCAUCUACAGAGAGUCGUGCAACAUCAUACUGCAAUGGAAGAAAAUCUUCGCUCAGAUCACUCUUGCACUCGUCCUCCCUCUCUCUUUCAUCUUCUUGCUUCACAUGAAGGUGUCCGAUGCCCUCUUCUCCGAAAUGGUCCACGACUCGAUGUCCCUCGACGGCUCGGACAGCCUCAACAAGGAAACGGCCGUCUUCUUGCUUUUCCUAGCCGUUUUCCUCCUCACCUUCUCCCUCCUUGCUACCUCCGCGGUGGUCUACACUGUUGCCUCGGUCUAUGCCAGGCGAGAGGUCUCCUUCAAGAGGGUCAUGAGGGUGGUCCCUAGGGUUUGGAAGAAGCCAAUGGUCAUCCUUUUUUCGAUGUUUUGCCUUAUCUUCCUUUACGACAUCCUUGCAAUUGUCAUGUUCUUUGCAUACCAAUCGAUCAUCAGCCCGAAGAAUGUCGGUAUGACUUUUUACGUAGUGUUUGGGGGGUUUUACUUGGUGGGUCUAGUGUAUAUUAGCACGGUAUGGCAAUUGGCUAGUGUUGUGGCUGUGUUGGAGGAGCUUUCUUAUACGGGUCAUGCCAUUUACAAGAGCCAUACACUAAUUGAAGGGAAGUUGUGGGUGCUAUCGGUCAUCUGCUUGAAGUUCAAUCUGCUUGUUGGGCUCAUCCAAUUAGGGUCCCAAAACCUGGUUGUUCAUGGGAACAACACCGUCUCCACGGGGAUCGCGAGUAGAAUCACGUUUGGAGUUGCGUGUUGUUUGCUGCUUGCGCGUUGA